AGCAGCAGCAGCAGCAGGGACUAGAAACUUAUGAGGCAGGGAGGAGGGCGCUUCUUGCGGCUCCCGAGGAAGCAGAAGAAGGAGGGAGGCUGCUAGAGCCAGAGCCAGGGAUGUCUGGCGGGAGCCACCGCAGGAAGACCGGCUCCUUCUGGCCGGGAGGCUUCUCUCGACUCUUCAGCCGGAGCCCUUCCAAAGAGGCGGAGGAAAGCGGCGAAGGAGCCCCGGAGGAGAAUUUUGAAGCUAAGGCAAAUGAAUCUACAAAUGAGUUAUACCAGGGAAAAGAAAGCAACCCUCUUCCAGAGCUGUUAAAGUUUUCAAUCUGUGAAAAUAAGAAUCUAUCUACAGAAGAGCUGAGCAGGUCCACCACUCAAGAGGAAUUAAAGAAAGCUAAUAGCCUUCCAAGUUUGGCUCAUGAAUCCAAAACUACCAAUAAUGAGAGACAGAUCAAAGAAGGAUUUUUCCAAUACCUUGGAAGUUUAUUUGGUAUUUCAUCAAAAUCAUCUCUCAAACAAACUGAGCAACCUGCUGUUGGAAACAGAUAUGACAAAACUGCAAACGACUUUGCAAGUCUGUCGAGCCAUCAAACAAGUGGACACACUGAAUGUCUCAAACCAGAAAUAUUUGUCAUUUCAUCUUCUGAAAGUGAAAAAGAACAUUCAAACAAAAGUGAAGAAAUUAACUUGGCUAAAAGAACCAGUUGUGGAUCACAGGAUUUACACAAAAGACAAGAGGAAUUUCCAGAGGCACCUGAGAAAACAGCAUGUGAACUGGGUGCACCUGCAGUUACAUAUGCAACUUACCGAGGCUCUUCAAGAAUUAAACAGUUGCUUAAAAAGCAAGCAGACCUGGAGCAAGAAGAAGCAGCCCUAAGCAAUUUUAAUAUUUCUACUCUUGAAAGCAAAGAAAAUCAGACCGUAAACAUUCCAGAUUCAGAUAUGACCACAACAAAAACAGAAUCCUUAUUAAUAAAGAAUUCAAACACUGGGACUAAAUAUGAUGAAAAGGAUUCACAGUCAAGCAUAGCUAAAGUGGGUAUGGACCUGGAAAAUCAUGCUCAGGAAGUCUUAAAUAGUAGUAAAUAUGAAGAAUUAAAGAAGAAAAGUACAUUGUUGACUGAAAUGGAAACCGUCAAAAAUUGCAUUGAAGAGCUAGUUUCUAUGAAAAAUGUAUCUCUUUCAAACACACCAGAAGUUAGUGGGAACAGUUUGUUGGAGCCAAUAUUGUUGCCAAAGGAAGUCAAUUACAGUUGCCAGAAUAUAGAUCCUGUUAGAAUGAGUCUAGAAAAUAACAAAUUGGUUGAAAAGAGAGAGGAGGUGUUAGGAGAAAUGCAAAUGCAGCUCCAGGCAAACAAUGCUAACGUUGUUGGCUUUCAAAAAGGAAUGCAUUUUUAUGCUUUUUCCAACACAGAAACAAAAGAGACAGUACAGUUUGAAUUUUCAUCUCAUCCCAAAGUAGACUCAUCUGAUAAUGAACAACAAUUGUUAGAAAAUAAAUAUUCCUGUUAUAGUAGCAAGAUGGUUAAUAAAAAUGAAGAUUUAUACAAGAAUAUGCUAACUGAACAGAAUGAACAAAGCCUUCAAACCAUUUUACCAAAUGACUUAGAUUCUGUAUCCUGCAAAAUUAAGAGUAAUAAAACCAUUAAAUUAUCAGGAAGAACUGAUGCAUCUACUUCAGUCCAGCCGUCAGACACAGUUCAGGGUACAGAUUCUCUCAGGAAGAAGAGUUCAGAGAAUGAUGAAACAACUAUGUCAGUGGUACUUAGAGAUAUACAAAACAAUCCUAACUUCUCCAUAAUAUCUGAGAUUGGAAUGAAUGAUUCUACCACAGAUAAUUUGCUUUUGCACGUUGUGGAAUCUGAAAAUGUUGGACCAACAAAGGCUUUGACUGAUGAUACAAUGACAGACAAUACCAACACUUCUCUCUUAACUAUUGAAUAUGAAAAUGUGAAGUCCAAAGUGAAAGAUAGUGCACUUGAAACAGGUGAAACCAGCACUGACAGAGCUGUGCUGAUGGUGGAUGCUUGUCCCCAGAAACCUGAAAAUAAAGGAAGCUACCAUCAUCUUGUCAAGAAGGAUGAGGAGGAAACCCUCACCAACACAUCAGCUAGUUUAGAUGUUUCCUUUCCUCUCAUUGAACUGGAAGAAACAAGGUUUAUAAAUAACACAGAAUCUUGUGCCAUGAUGAACCAUAUUCCUUCCCCAUUUAAAAAUACAGAAGUCGUUGAAAUUAAGAGUCCAGUCACAGCUGCAGAACAAAAUGUUUCAUUAGUGAAUGAAAUGAGGGAUCAUGCUGAAGCUAAGGUAACUCCUCUUCUUGAAACUAAAGAGGUCAUCACAAUGUCUCCUAAUGAAGUGUGCUCUCUUAAGGAUUCUACUGUUGUCAAACCAGAAAAGUAUUCUUCAUCUGUUUUUCCUUCUCAUUCAUUACCUACUUUGGUCAGUAGCUCUUUCAUAUUUGAAGCAGAUAACAUUAUUUUAGACACUGUGUCUAAACCUGUGAAUAAUUUUGAAGACCAAAGUGAGUUGAAGACUUCAUGUUCUUUGUCUAAUAAACAGGAAGGUAUCAGUGAGUGUAUGAAAACUCCAGCUAUUACUGAUUUUUCAGUGACUGAGCAUGGCAACAUAGGUUUGAACCCUAUACAUGGAAAUGUACACAUUAUUUCCAAGUCAAAAAUCUCUGGAUCUUCGAGCACUUUACUUGCUACUGAUGUUCAGUCUGAAGAUACAAAUAAUAUUUCAGAGUUUUUUCUGGAAACUGCUGGCACCAUUAAAACUAAGAUUCCCUUAGGUUCUUCUGAAGAAGGUGUUAAGAAUAAAAUUGCCCCAUGUUUUGAAAAAAGAAAGGAUAUAACAGGAUCUUGUUCAAUGGACUUGGUCUUGGUAAAAGAAGACCCUCUUGUUAUUACCUUGGAAAAUAUCUGUAACUGUAAGUCUGCUACAAUUGCUACAUGCCCUAAAGACAUCUCAAAACCUUCCUCUCCUUCCUGUGAAACAGUAGAUGCUGUUUCAUUGGAUGAAAUAAAUCCUCUGCCUAUUAAUUCUGAAGAUGUCAUGAGCAGUAUUUCACUUAAACAUAAAUCAGACUGUCUAGCCUCUGAAUCUGCAUCUAAAGCCACCUGCCCACCCCCAUUAUUAGACUCUAUUCCCUGUGAUAUGGAAGCUACUGAACCUGUGAAGAUGACAUUAGGCUUGUCUUUCACUACAGAGCAGUAUAAGAAGGUUCAAAAAAUACCUUCAGAACAAUUAAACCUUCACAAUCUUGCUGAUGCUGUUUCAGAACACCCUUCUGAAAGGGAUGAUCAAGCAAUUGCUGCUUUGUUUACAAAAUCAAGCAGCCAGGUUUUUGAGGAACCAUUAAAAAAUGUUGAAACAGGAAAGCAAGUACAAAUUAAAUCCCAAGACUUAACUGUUUUGUUGAAAAAGGCUGAUGAAAUAGUUGAUGCAGUUCUGCAUUUAGCCAUAGAAGAAAUAAGAUCAAACCAAACAGAUGGUGUCUGCCAGACUAAUGAUAUUAAGGGCAAUUUAUUAGGGGGCAGGCUUCAAAAAGAUCAAAACAUUAGAAAAAAGAUGCCAGAAUCAAAAGAAAUGCAGUCAAGAAAUUCAUUAUUAAAAUCCUUUAAUGAGAGUUGCAUCAGAAAGCUUUCUGGAUUUAAAGAGGAAGGCACACGGAGCAUUGAUAUUCAAGAUGAAACAAUACCAUUUGAUACUACUGAUAAAACUGACCUACAUAGUUCAAUAGCACUAAUAGCAAAAGAAAUAAUUGAUGAUGCUAUUAAUGCAGCCAAACAAAAACUGACAUAUAACCUGCAUGAGGACCAUCUGAGAAAAACUGUUUCUCAAAAUGCAGGUGAAGUAACAAAUUUCUUAGCACCUUUAUAUAUUAAGGUGGGAGAUGGCAACAAAGAGUUGACAGCUGAAGAAAUUAUAACAAAAAAAGUGGUUCCAUGUCAAAAAAAUGGAGAUGAAUGGUUUGACUCCACUGCUGCAGUAAAAUCUAGUGAUAUAAAAUCAGGCCAGAGCAACAAUAAUCAAAGUGUUUCUUGCACUCCACAAAUGAUAAAAGCUGGUGACAAUACCAGUAAUCAGACAGCUGACAGUAAAUCUGAAAAGUCUUUACAUGAAGUAAAAGGAGAAACUCUUAAGACUAAAGAGCAAAUAGCAUUAUGUCCAUCUGAGCCAGUGAAUCUGCUACCCUUUAAUUCAAAUGUUGAUACAUAUUCUUGCACUUCACUUGGAAGUAAUGUAGAAAAAGAUCUACCUAAAUUUAUUUUUAAAGAUGACAUUGCUGUACAUGUAAGAGAACCGCAUGAAAACUUUUAUGAAAUAAGCAGUAAAAGGGACCAUGGGGAAAUAAACAAAUCUUGCACGAUGCCACAGGACAAAAACAAGUUUGGUAUCUUGUCCAAUAUGAAUGAAUUGUCUUUAAUGAAUAGCUCAGUAAAGAUUGGCCUAAACCCAGAAUUUCUCCACAAGGAAGAAGCAGUAGUUGGGCCAGAUUUGCAUGUGGCAAACAUGUUCAAAGAGUGUUAUGUAGAUGUUGAUGAUGACAGAGAUGGAGAUAAAUCCCCAAAGUUGUUCUCUUUUUCUGCCGCAGAAGAGUGGGAAGGUAAUUCUUCCUUCACCGUAUUGUAUGAGGAUGCUCUGCACCCAGAUGGAGAUGAAAGUUACUCCUUUUCUACAGAACAACCAGAGCAGCCCAUAUCUGUUCCUAACUUCCCCUUGGACAGUAGUCAGCAUCUUGUGAUGUGUGGAACAAGUAAAGGCAAAUGUGAGCGUUUCCACCCUUAUGAGGAAAGUGGCCAAUCAAAUAGGAUGCCAGAGAGCACCUGUUCAGAAUCAUUCAUAACAGUUGAAGCAAAGCGAUACAGAGUGUACCCUUUCUCUUUGUCUCCAAUAUAUGAAGAUGACAGUUCCCAAGAGGAUUUGCUGUCCACUGACAUCUCACCAGGAGUUAGUCUGAAUGAAAAAUCAAGGAACAACCAGUCCUUAUCUGUCUUAUCACUUCUGCAGUCAGUGUCUGAACGAUUAAAAUCUAAUAAUCAGUGCAAUGAAAAAGAGGAAGAGGAGUUUUGUGGAGAAAACAGCCAAGAGGAUGAGGAAGAAGACUAUAUUUCUAGUCACUUGACAGACAAGUUAAGCAAUGUAAUCCCUGAAGACAUUAAUGAGAAAGGUUUCCUUUCUAAGCAUUCACAUUCUCUUUCUAAGGAAGCAUGUAGCACAAAAGAAGCCUUAUCUUUCAGUCCAUCAUGUUCCACUCAGCUUUUACAAAACUUUGGACAUGGCAUGAAAUCGUCUUCCAAGAGCAUAUACUAUGAAUCUUUGCAAAGUAAAAGAAGUUAUGUGGAUGAGAAAGGAACCCAGUUUGGAAAUAUUUUGUUGCUCAAAGAUCAGCAGCCUGAAAAUAGUAGCUUACAAAAACUGGCAUGUUUUCGAGUGUGUCCUGUUGACAGGGAAAGACUCAAAUGCAAUCCAAGACCAGGAAAAAUGAUUAUUUGUGAUGUUCAUGGCAAGAUAAAUAAAUAUGAAAUUUACCAUGACGUAGUUGAUGCUACAGCCUGGGUGUUGCCAAAAGAAGUAUUGAUCAGAGUCAUUAGAGGAUGCUGGAUUUUGUAUGAAAAACAAGGAUUCCAAGGUCAGAAAUAUUUUCUGGAAGAAGGAGAAAAGAUGUUACAUGAUAUAUUGAAUCAGCACACUGAGAAGCAGAAAGAAAGCUUUACAAUCGGUUCCAUCAGACAAAUAUUGAAGAAUUGCAGCGUGCCUGAGAUUCAACUUUACCCAGAAGGCUCAGUGGACUAUUUUCCUGUCUCCAUUCAUGGUGCAGUUGCUGAUAUAAAAGAACUGGAAGUCAAAAAUCCUGCUUUUUCUAUAAAAGCAGGAGUAUGGUUUGCCUAUUCAGAUGUUAAUUACAAAGGAGAAGUGGUGGUUUGGGAAGAAAAUAACUGUCCUUGUGAAAUUUCAGCAGCUGACAUACAGUCUCUUUAUCCUUUGAAAAUGGGUGGCCUAAAGGUGCAAAUGCCUAUGAAUGUUAAGAUAAUACUAUAUGAGAAACCACAUUUUGGAGGCUGGUAUAAAGAGCUUUCUGAAAAUAUUGAUUGUAUUCCAAUACUCUUUGAAAAUGCUAAUUUCCAUGGAAUUGGAUCAAUAUGUGUCAUUGGUGGAAUAUGGGUUGCUUAUGAAAAGGAACGAUACAAAGGCCAGCAAUACCUUUUGGAGGAAGGAGAAUAUGAAGACUGGAAGGCAUGGGGUGGAAUGAAUAGCACACUGCUGUCUCUCCGAUUUUUGCAAGCUAAUUUUAUGGAAUCUGAAGUAACACUUUUUGAAACUGAUGAGGAAAAUGGGAAAUUGCUGAAUAUUGUCAAUGAAGAAAUUCCUGAUUUGGAAGUGGCUGGGUAUGGCCUAGUGACAAGAUCAAUUAAUGUGACGAGUGGAGCGUGGGUUGCAUAUCAACAGAAGUAUUUCUGCGGAGAGCAGUAUAUAUUGGAGAAAGGAAAAUAUAAAUGUUUUUUUGAUUGGGGAGGAUCUAGUGAAACCAUCAUGUCAAUCCGUCCCAUUAAAUUGGAGCCACUAGGAAAUCAUGAACCCACACACUGGCUUAAAGCUUUCAGUAACACACAUUUCCAGGGAUCAUGUAUGGAUUUUACAACAGAAGUUGCUGACUUUGCCUCAUUCUCACCUUGUUCUUUUAAGGUUCUGCGAGGAUGUUGGUUGCUGCAUUACCAGGAGAAUUCUGAUGAUGAUCAGUGUGUGCUAGAAGAAGAUCUCUACUCUGACCUUGCUUCCUGUGGCUGUCCAGCAGCUGCAGUCAAGUCCCUUAAGCCUGUUGAAUAUGUGUUUGCCGAGCCUUUCAUAAGCCUUUUUGCUUUGGAGAAUUGUGAAGGAAGAGAACUGCAUUUGCAAGAAGCUGUCAGUUCAGUUUUAAAUAAGGAUCUUCAUUUCCUUGCCCAAUCAUUGUGGGUGAGAAGUGGGCUAUGGAUCGCCUAUGAAGGUUGUAAUUUCUUAGGGAAACAAUUUCUCCUCAAACCUAGCAAGAUUUCAAACUGGACUCAGUUUAGUGGCUGGAAAGUAAUUGGUUCUCUUCGUCCUGUAAAGCAGCCAGCAGUGUACUUCAGAAUAAAAAACAGGUCCCAAGACAAAUACCUGACAGCUGCUGGGAAUCUAAUGGAUGCAAGAGCCUCAUCAGUAUGUCUUUCCCCAUUAAAUGGGAAGAAUACUCAGAUCUGGUGCUACAGCUGUGGCCUUAUCAAAUCAAAGGUUAACAAUGCUUGCCUUGAUGUCAUCGGAGGCAGAGACAUACCAGGAGCCAAAGUAGCUUUGUGGGUAGAACAUGGAAAAGCAAGACAGAAAUGGACAUAUAAUAAGGAUGGGACUAUCAGUUCGUACCUCAGUGAUCAGCUGGUUCUUGAUAUCAAAGGAGGAUAUUAUUAUGACAGGAACCAUGUUGUUGUAAACCAAGUAAACAUCAGUGAAAAUUCACAGAAAUGGGACUUUGAAAUAUUGUGAAUCAGCCUCACCACUAUAAAGACAUAAUAAAUUAUGGCCCAUUGUUGGCUGAAAAUACUUCUGGAAAAAAAACUACUGAAGUCACACAGCACUGGUGCAUGCUGUACAGUCUACCUGAAUUUUUCAGAUGGAAAAUCAAAAAAUGUCAAAUGUUUCAAGUAUAUAAAUAGGCUAUGCAAAGCUAAUCGUAUAUGAUCUAAUUUAGGAUAUCUGUUCAAAAGUACAAACAGAGCAGUGUCCUAUACGGCAGUCAUGAUUCAGCAAUAACUAAUACCAGAGCCAAGAGAACUGAUUUUAUAUUCUGUAAAAAUGUAUAUUUCUUUAACUCUUACCUUUACCUCAUCAUGCAAGAACUAAUGAGAAUUUUGACCUAAAAUGCAUCUUCUACAGGUUUUAUGCUGCCAGUGGAAGCUUGUUUGUUAUUGCACUAUGUUAUCAGUGUAUCUCACGUUAAAAGAAAAUUACGAUUGGAAUCCUGUUGCUGCAUUAUGUGAGUGUAGGUGGUAACACAACAGCAACAGGAGAAAGGCUCCAGGUGCAUGGCUGAGAGGGAAAGCCGAGGAAGUCACUGCCAUUGGGAAUGGAGGCUCCCAGGUUCAAGCAGCUUAUUUCUGCAGUAUCCAAAAUCAAGGUGUUCUGGGAAGGGUGCUUGAAAAAUUGCCAGUCUGGUGAUUUUGCAAACCAAUCUUUCCUGAACACCUUCGCUUCUCAGGACUCAGCUGGAAAUCAGGCAUUUGUAAAAAUAGGCUGCCCAGAGCCAACAGCUUUUUCCUUUGAACUGCAACUUCUGCCUUUCCUCACCAUGCUAAAAGCGCAGUUGCUAGUGCAACAGAUUGUUAUGCUAGUGCAGUGCACCAACAGGAUCCCAGCUCAUGAGUAUUUGACCUCAGGUUUCAUAACUGCAUCACAGUCACUAUACUUUUUGGUCUAUAUCAAAAACUCAAAAUGUGCUCAACAAAGAGCAUAUUCCACACAGCUCUGAGUCAGUAAAACAAUUCUAGACAAAUUCUGUAUAGAAAUUAUACAGAAUAGGCUGGAUUCCUUAGGUCAACUUGGAAGGAACAAAAUUUUCUGAACACUUGAGCACAUUAGGUUAUACCUGCUCAGGAGCUCCAUAUAUCCAAUUUCAAAUGUUACAACUGUUCUGAUGUUGUAAAUAUGGGCCUCUACAACUUGUGGUGGGCAAUUCACACCACCAAUUACUUUGCUUAAAUUAGUCCCAGUUUGAGUCCCUGUGCCCCCUGGCGGGGUCACACUUUGCCCACCCCAGUUUACACAGUUAUCAGUAAUCCAGGUAUGGAUCACUGUGUAACAGUGGAAGAGGAAAAGGUCUACUCUGUAUGGUCAUAAUUCAUCCAACCUUAAGCACUAUUCCCAUUGAUUUUAUUGAGGAAAAUAUGCUUAGACCUCUUAAGAUACAAUCCUACACCCACUUACCUUGGGAAUAAACGUCAUUAAGCUCAAUGAGACCUGAGAAACUGAUUAACUUUAAUUGGAUGCUAAGUAAGUUAUUACGUCAAAGUAUUAAAACUAGCCAAAAAAUCAUUAUAUCCUCCAAAAACAAAAUACUAAGAUACAUACAGCUCUUUUAGAAGUAUCCAUACAGUUUCUAGACAUGGAAAUUUUUUAAAAUUGUAAUCUUGAAAUGUGAGCUUUCAAGAGUAUGAAAAAGCUAUUUGUAUCUCCUGGCAUAAAGACAUGAGAGACCUCUAGGUGACUUGUUAUGCAGAAUUGUGUCUCUACCUCUUCCCAGUCCAACCAACUUUUCAACCUUAAGUUCAUUGCACCCAUAAGCAUGUUUUAAAACAAAUCACAAGUAAUUUGUGGUACAAAACACUAGUUUCCAGUGUUAAAAGACCUUCAGUCCAGCCCAACAUCUCACAUGAAAAUUCAGAUAUGUAAGAGCAGAAUCUUUUUUAAAAGUUCAAAAUUCUACUGAAGACUGUAUUUAAUCAUUCUUAAAGGGAUUCAUGAUACAUAAUGGAAAGGAAAACUGCAUACUCAGGAGCUUUUUACACAGGUGGCGCUUCAGCCAAGUGGACGUAAAAACUUGGAAAUAGGGUCAUGUAAAAGCCCCAAGCUGGCUCAACACACUUGUGUUCAGUAUUACAAAAUUUUUUAGUAUAUCUGAAAUGUAUUUUGAGAAUCAAUUUGAUUAGCUAAAAUCGAAAGAUGAAACUUGAUUUUCUUUUCCUUUAAAAACAGCUGCACACAUUUUCAUCAUGAAAAUAUUGAAACGAAAAAACCUCUAUUUUUUAUACAGAUAUGGCUUUAUUAAUAUAUUUUUAUUUUUUAAGGCUGAACGAUUUAUUUCAAGGUUUUAACAGAUAUUCUGAAUUUAAUGAAUCUAUAUAUUUUAAUACACAAACAAGUAUUAUUCAGACAAAUUUUCAUGUCACUUAGAUACAGGAUCUAUUCUUACAGCCAUGACACCAUCGUUGGUGUACAAACUGACAGUUGAAUUUUGGUUUUCCCAAUUUCUUACUAAUGGAAUUAUGCAAUUUGCAUAACCAUUGGGUAAAAUGGUAUCUUCAUAAAACGUCAGGUGGAUUCUGCUUUAACCUUCUAAGAUUAUUGGCACAUUCGUUGCAUGGCUAGAAAAUAGAAUACAAACACAGGAAUUGUUUCAUCACACGUUGCUGCUUUUUACCAGGUCUGUCUGGAUAAUGUGUAGCCAUGAUAUGAAAAAGAAAACCAUGAGUAGCACCCAAACUGUUCUCGAUUUAAAGGUCAACCAGCAUUAUACUUUGGAUGCAGCUUUGGUGUGGCAUUCUUUUUUUCCCCUGCUGCUGCUUCUUGGAGGCAGUUUUUCAUUGCCUGAACCUUUUUCCAGGUGAAGACUAUGCUUUAUUAAUAUAUUUAUGAAAAUCUAACUAAGGGCUUUAUCCACCACUCAGUUACAUUAUACCAGCAACCACAGAAUAGCAAACAAGCUAUCCAUGGAUUUUGGAGAUACAGGGGCACACAAGACAACUGUCUGGUUAAAACAGCUGCUGAUUUAGACAGAAGAAUGUAGACUUGUGGUUCUUGGCUGUUGCAAUAACACCCAUCAAUAAAAGCAGCUGUGUAGUGUCCUGUUCCUGAAAUAAACCUAGAUGUUCAGAGAUGUAGUAGAUUGCACCCUAAUAGCACUUUAAAUUGUAAAAUAAACCACGUAUUUACUUUUUUGCAUUUAUACUAUGUAACUAGGAUCCUAAAUGUAUUUUCAUCAGAAGCACUUAUUUAAUAAACAUUUUCUGUAUAUUACCAUAACAGACUCUUGAAUACAUUUAAUA